AUGUCCACCGAGGCAAUCCCCGAAGAAUCCAGCCCCAGCACGCUGGAGGAGCUACUCGCGGCCGCAAACCUGCAGUACUCGCUCAAGAACUACAAUGGGGCUGCCGACAUCUACUCGGAAGCUGCGCAGGUGCAGGAGCAACUGAACGGCGAAAUGGCGCCCGAAAACGCCGACCUUCUCUUCCGCUACGGCCGCUGCCUCUACAAGGUUGCCAUUGCGAAGAGCGAUGUGCUCGGCGGGCGCGUCGCGAGCGAGGAGAAGCCUGCGAAGAAGCAGAAGAAGGACGACAAGAGCAAGGCUGCAGCUGAGACUUUGCCGGACAAGGAGGAGAAGCUGGCCGAAGAGGUUGUCGAGGCUGCCGUCGAAGAGAAGGACGGCAUGAAGCCUGAGACGGAGCCCACCGUGGACAGCAAGCCCUUUUUCCAGAUCGUCGGGGACGAAAACUGGGAUACCGAGUCGGAGGACGACGAGGAGGGUGAGGAAGAGGAGGCUGAUAAUCCCGAAGAUGACCUCGCAACUGCCUACGAGAUCCUCGAUGUCGCGCGCGUUCUGCUGUCGCGUCAGCUCGAGGCGCUACAGAAUUCGGUGCGGGAUACGUCCGAGGGAGGCAAGGGCAAGGGAAAAGCACCCGUGACAGAGCUCGAUCCUGAAGAGCGCAAGGUGAUGGAGAAACUAGCGGACACGCACGAUCUGCAGGCAGAGAUUGGUCUGGAGAACGAGAAUUUUGUUGAUGCCGUCUCGGACUUCCGCGCUGCUCUCGCUUUAAAGGACAAGUAUCUGCCUAAGGAGUCAUCUCUCAUUGCGGAAGCCCAUUACAAACUUUCGCUUGCCCUCGAGUUCCAGUCUAUGACUAAGGUCCGCGAGGCUCAGGCUCAGGCUGAGGCAUCUGGUGGCAAGGUCAACCCCGAAGAAGCCAAGGUCGAUGAAGCCAUGCGCGAAGAGGCCGCUAAGGAGAUGGAGAUAGCUAUCGAAUCUUGUCGCCUGCGCGUGAGUAAUGAGGAGGAGGCUCUGUCCUCCGUUGCCGCCGAUAAGGCCGAAGACGCAAAGGCACAGAUUACCGACGUGAAAGAGAUGAUCGAAGACAUGGAAAACAGGCUCACUGAACUCCGUGGCCCUGCCAUCUCCCUCUCUGCUCCAACGAACCCUGCAGGCGCCGAUCCUUCCAAUCCCCUGGCGGGAAUUUUGGGCGAGCUGCUUGGUCAGGCGCCGGCUGAGGAGCAGGCAGAGCAGAAAAAGAAGAUCGAGGCCGCAAGUGACAUUUCCGGACUUGUUAAGCGGAAGAAGCCUGCAGCCACUAGUGCGUCUGUACCAGUCGGCACUAAGCGGAAGUCUGAGGCUCCCGAGGACGCUGCUGGGGAGAAGAAGACAAAGACGGAGGAUUCUUAG